GAGGCGCAGCGGCGGCGGCGGCGGCAGCGGCGGCUCCCGGGCUAGGGGGUUCGGGGCCGAAGAAGCGAAGCGCCCGCCGGUCCGGCUCGGGCUUCGGGGAACGAGCACCUAUCGGCGGGACUGGGGACGGCACGACAGCCUAGGACAGGACAGGGCACGGGAAGCGGAGCGCCCGCUGUUCGCAGGACUCCCAGAGCCGGGCAGCGAGCGGAGGUGCCAGCCCGAGGGAGACAAGAGCGGGGAGCAGGGAGGGCUAGGGAAGAGAUCGCCAGCCUGUCGGUCCCUCUCCUCUACCCGUGAGCUGCGGGUGCCGGCUCCCCGAUACCCACUCAGUCGUGCCCCCAGACGAGAGGCGGCCCGACGGCCACGCUUCAGACCCUGGGCAUUUACCCACCUAGACGUGAUGGACCAUUCAUUGCCCAGAGGGAACCUGAUAUCUUUAAUCAAUGAAAGAUCUCUGGUAGAAGAGGAGGAUCCUCACAUGAAGGUAUCUCUCGUUAACAGCGAUAUAGGCAUGUCUGCCCACCUGCAGUCAUCCAAGACGGGAACCACACGGUUUUUCUCAAGCAACACCCACAGUUCUGUGGUGUUACAGGGCUUUGACCAACUCCGUGUUGAAGGAUUGCUUUGUGAUGUGAGCCUCGUCCCUGGAGACGGAGAUGAAGCCUUCCCUGUUCACAGGGCCAUGAUGGCGUCUGCUAGUGAUUACUUCAAGGCUAUGUUCACAGGUGGCAUGAAAGAACAAGAUUUAAUGUGCAUUAAGCUCCAUGGGGUGAAUAAAGUAGGGCUGAAGAAGAUAAUUGAUUUCAUUUACACUGCAAAACUCUCUCUCAACAUGGACAACCUUCAAGAUACACUCGAAGCUGCGAGCUUCCUCCAGAUUCUGCCCAUCCUGGACUUCUGCAAAGUGUUUCUGAUAUCUGGGGUUUCUUUAGACAACUGUGUCGAAGUGGGGCGCAUCGCUAAUACCUACAAUCUUACAGAAGUUGACAAAUAUGUGAACAACUUCAUCUUGAAGAACUUCCUUUCCGUCCUGAACAGUGGUGAAUUUGUCAAACUCCCUUUUGAACGUCUAGCUUUCGUGCUUUCCAGUAACAGCCUGAAACACUGCAGUGAGCUCGAUCUCUUCAAGGCCGCCUGUCGCUGGCUCCGCUCGGAUGAUCUGCGGAUGGAGUUUGCUUCCAAGCUGAUGAAGAAUAUUCGCUUCCCUAUGAUGUCACCGCAAGAUCUCAUUAAUUACGUGCAAACUGUGGACUUUAUGAGAACGGACAAUACUUGUGUAAACUUGCUUCUGGAAGCCAGCAACUACCAAAUGAUGCCCUACAUGCAGCCCGUGAUGCAGUCGGAGAGGACCGCCAUCCGCUCCGACAGCACUCACCUUGUCACCUUGGGAGGCGUCCUGAGACAGCAGCUGGUGGUCAGCAAGGAGUUGAGAAUGUAUGAUGAGAAGUCCCAAGAAUGGAAAUCGUUAGCCCCCAUGGACGCCCCACGAUAUCAGCACGGAAUCGCGGUCAUCGGAAAUUUCCUCUACGUCGUUGGCGGCCAGAGUAAUUAUGACACAAAAGGCAAAACGGCAGUUGACACCGUGUUCAGAUUUGAUCCUCGAUACAAUAAAUGGAUGCAAGUCGCAUCGCUGAAUGAGAAGCGCACCUUCUUCCAUCUGAGUGCCCUCAAGGGCCAUCUGUAUGCCGUGGGUGGCCGCAAUGCAGCCGGGGAACUGGAAAUGGCGACAGCAGCAGGCACCUGGAAGAGGAUAGCCACAGUGGAGUGUUACAACCCGAGGAUGAACGAAUGGAACUAUGUGGCCAAGAUGAACGAGCCCCACUAUGGCCAUGCCGGUACCGUGUAUGGAGGGACGAUGUAUAUUUCAGGAGGAAUCACUCAUGACACUUUCCAAAAAGAGCUCAUGUGCUUUGACCCAGACACAGACAAGUGGAUUCAGAAAGCUCCCAUGACCACAGUCAGAGGCCUCCACUGCAUGUGCACCGUCGGAGAAAAGCUUUACGUGAUUGGUGGCAACCACUUUAGAGGAACCAGUGAUUAUGACGAUGUGCUCAGCUGUGAAUUCUACUCUCCAGCACUCGAUCAGUGGACUCCAAUCGCUGCUAUGUUACGGGGCCAGAGUGAUGUUGGGGUUGCCGUGUUUGAAAAUAAAAUCUAUGUGGUGGGCGGGUACUCUUGGAACAACCGCUGUAUGGUAGAGAUAGUCCAGAAAUACGAUCCAGAAAAGGAUGAGUGGCACAAAGUUUUUGACCUUCCCGAGUCUCUUGGUGGCAUCCGAGCUUGCACCCUCACUGUUUUUCCUCCAGAAGACACUGCAGGGUCCCCUUCUCGCGAGUCACCUCUGUCAGCCCCUUAACUUCCACUCUGUGGGCUUGCGGGCUGCCGCCAUCCUCUCUGAAUCUGAGGCUGGGGAUGCUCUUCCUCUUCUCGUUGCUCUUGGUGUUCUUAAGUAGUAUUUGUUAGGGCUCUCCUCCAGCGCUCAGUCCCAUAACUGGCAAACAACCAGCGUUGAUGUUAUUUGUGACCUUUGUUUAUUGUAGAAUGUUUAUCUGUGGUUAACAAAAGCAUCCUGAACAUGUAUUCAUCAGAGCCAAAUGUUUAACCAAUGAAAAAACAAGGUAUUGUCUCGCAACCGUUUUGCUUCUGUGGAUCCCUGCUUUGUACAUCAGUGGGGUGGGCGGGCAGCAUGGGGUCAGCUUGGGGAAGGAAGCCCAACCAGUCCCCUUGGCGGUGGGAUGUCGCCACUCACAUGUACCCACGUAUUCUGUGCUUUAAGACGGAAAGAUGUUUGCUUCUGGUUUUUUGACCGCGAGGGAGGCCAUCCGCUCAAGCUGCCUCCCUCUGUCCAUAAAGUACUUUGGCCAUUUCUCUCUCUCUUUCUCUCUCUUGUUCUCUUUCUUUCUUUCACUCUCGCUCUCUUGCUCAGCUUGCCUGACUGGGUGGGGUAUAUUCCAACUACUGGAAGUGAACUUGCCAAAACACGCUUCCAGAAAGCAGCUCGGCCUCAUCCCCACGGCCAGGCUCUGGGCUGCCAUCCCAAAUGUCAGUGCCCACCUUCCUUCGUGUCGGCACAAAUAUAAGACAUUUUAAGUUUUAAACAUUGGCUUAACACUUCAAAUCAAUGGCAAGAUUUCAAAAAUCUGCCAAAAACCAAUUUCCAUUUAGACCAAUUGAUAAUUCAUGGGCAGUCAGUGCAGCCGGAUUGGAUUUUAGGGGAUAAGGGACAGAAGCAUGCUCACCCUAAGCAGAUAGAUUCAUCUUGGCCUUGUCCCUCCAACCCUCGCAGAUCUUCCUUGUUCUCCUCGACUGUUGACGUAACUUUACAUAUUCCAUAUCCUUUCCAUGGUCGCUGUUAAUAAGGUUAUUUAGCACAAGAUACAUUGUGAGCAAGAGAGCUGCUUUUCUCUGUGAACUUGGACUUCCAUGUUUUAUCUUUUGUUCAAUAAAACUUUUAAUGUCA